UUUGCGUUCAACUGCCACAUUUCAAACUAGAAUGGCGACCGCUGUUUGCGGUUUGCAGUCCACCGGCAGUAACGGUAAGUCAGUUAAAACACACAGAGAGCACCGGAGGAAAACGAAAGACUCCAGGAGGAGACAGGCGGCUUUGUUGUUCCUUAAUAAUAUCUCACUCGACGGACGACCCCAGUGUCAGCCUAGCGAUGAAAACGACGACCAAAAAGCCGCCGAGGAGCAACGACUCAGGGACAGAGACGGCGGCGCAACGGUCGUGCCCCUGCCGUCGGCAUGUCGCCAAGAACCGGUCGCCCAGGUGACAGAACCCGCGGCGUCAGGUAGUGGCUCGUCCUCCAGUUUUCCAGGGGUAGUCAGUCCUACCCGACCUUUGGCAAUAUCUCCUGGACCUGCUGGGGCAAACGAGGUAUUUUUGGAGGGUGGCACUGCGGCCGUUACGCUAACCCCGGACACCCCUAUGUCUCCUGUUCCCUCCGGACACCAGCCCUGCUCCCGUGUCAGGUCAACGCCCGCCGCUCUGAGCCCGGUCCCGACCGGUAAUUCUAUGGAUUCACGGCAGAGGUUAAGGAAUGUCUCUGGUUCUCCUGGACCUAAAGUGCCAAAGAAAGUCCACUUCAUCAAAAGUAUGCGGCAGUACGAUACCAGGGGAUCUAGGAUCGUGCUGAUUUGUGCCAAGCGGUCGCUAUAUGCUGCUUUCUCAGUGCUGCCCUAUGGAGAGAGGGCUCACCUCAGUGAUCCUAAGCUGGAGACUCAGAGACAGAGGCUGUCUUCUGUGGUGGCUGCUGACCUGCUUCCUUCCCUGGAAGGUGUGGAGCUUGCAGACUAUGGAAAGGUAAAUGAUGUCUGUCUCCUUUAUCCGACCAAUGCCUUGGUGAGGCAGAAGAGUGGCGGCGCUCCAGAGAACGGUACGGCUCUCACCCCUCAGUCCCGUUUCCGUGGCAACGGGCAGAGGAACUUUACCCCGGCUCGUGUGAACAGCAGCGUGGCACAGGACCAAUGUAUAGAGGAGGUGGUAGAGUACGAUCCUAACCUGCUCAGUGACCCCCAGUGGCCCUGUGGGAGACAUAAGAGGGUUCUGAUAUUUGCAUCAUACGUGACGACUGUCGUUGAGUACGUGAAACCAUCUGAUCUGAAGAAGGACAUGAAUGAGACUUUCAAGGAGAAGUUUCCUCACAUCAAGCUAACUUUGAGCAAGAUAAGAAGCCUGAAGAGGGAGAUGGGGGCCAUGAGCGAAGACUGCGGUCUACAGCCGGUCACCAUAGCGAUGGCUUUUGUUUACUUUGAGAAGCUGGUGCUGAAGGGACGCCUCAACAAGCACAACAGGAAGCUGGUGGCGGCGGCGUGCGUGCUGCUGGCAGCAAAGAUCAGCAGCGAUCUGCGGAAGCCAGAAGUCAAACAACUCAUCGACAAGCUGGAAGAGCGUUUCCGUAUCAACAGACGGGAGUUGAUUCCUCUGGAGUUCCCGGUGCUGGUUGCCUUGGAGAUGGGACUUUACCUCCCCGAGAGCAAAGUCAUGCCGCACUACCGCAGGCUGGUGCAGCAGGGUUAGACUGACAUUUUCUGGUUUCAUUAAUAACAUCAGCAAGUGGGAGUGUGGUAAGGUAAAGGACUGUGUGUUUAUACACUGUGGUAUUGGAAACAAAUAAUUCUGGUAGUAUUUAUUUUCAGUCAGUUGUGACUUAAGUCGCUCACUGUAUAUUAAGAAUAACUAGUUUACACUCCCAUAUUUUAAGACUUAAUGGCAUGUGUGUCUCUCUGAAUGUGUUUUUGUACGUGUGACGUUCUGAUGUCGAUGCAGUCAUGAACUCUAUGUUAGAGAUGUUCAAUGAGCACGUUAAUUGUGCUUUUAUUUUGGUUUUCUGUGACCGAUUUCUUUUGGUACGUCCUAGUAUUCUAUUUAAAUGAAACCUGCACUGUGAUGUUUGUGGAAGACGUUUCUCCUGCACCUUUCUUACUACUAUACACAGUCUGUAUUCUAUUUAUUAUGAAUGACAAAGAACCAUACUGUUGAUUUUUGUAAAUGCCUUUUUAAACCCACUGUGACAUUGAAGUGUUUUUAGCCAUUAGACAAAUACAUGAUACUCUAGAUUGGUGGAAAAUGUGAUUUUUAGAUCAGAUUAGAGAAGGAUGGAAGUGACCUUUCUAAUUUAGGUUCUUUGUUUCUCUCCAAAAAAUAAAAUAAUCCAGCCACAUAUAUAUAUUUAACUUGUGAAUAGAAAGAAAAUAUUGGAUCAGAUUCUUGUGGCAGCUGUGUGUCCAGACAGAAACAGGAUUGUGAUGGCAUAUUAUUUAUAGUAAAUGUGUUUUGUUUUUUAUCUUUUAUGUCGUUAACCGGGGAUAUGUUUUUAUUUAAAAAACAAAACAAAACGCUGCACUGGAAUUUAUUCCUAGUCAGGCUAGUUGUUGUCUUUUUCAGUUCUCAGGAAUUUUUCUUUCUCUUAUCUUUCAGUGGCUUAUAAAAUCUAAUCCAAAGAGAUAUUUAAAAGUUCUUACGUAGCUAUCACCUGUAGUCCCAUUGUAAGUCAAAGGAAGGUAACCGAUUGUGCUUUCACAGAUAACAAGUACCAGACAGUAUUAACCUGACUGUAGUAUUUGUUGUGUAGUAACUCUUCUGAUUUAGGCGUACAAAUAUGGAGAGAAAAAAGUGCCUGAAACUACAGUGGCAGCGAAAUGGUUAACCAUCUUGUCAUAAGUGAUAUUUAAUGUUGACUUUUCUGAGUCUUGCUGCUGUAGAGAUUUUUUAAAUGUCGAAAUUGUUCUUGUCUGGGAAACGUAAUAAAACAGUUUAUUGUCUGCAGUUAUGACCAAUGUAUUAUGAUAAAAAUCCACUUGUAUUGUUGAUGUCAAAUGGGUAAAUAUUCAGUUUUUUUUUUCAUAUUGUAAAAUGAAUGUUUUUCAAAUAUAUGUUCAGACACUGAAAAGUCAUGUUUUGUUUUUUUGACUCAACACAAUUUAUAUGACGCCGUUUCAUCUCCUCAGAGCGGUAUCAGUAAGUGAAGUGAAGCAAGUGAAGUAAUCGGUCACAAAACUGGAGAAUAAACAUGACAGUAGAGCGUG